UCCUCCUUCUCACAGUGGAUAAUUUUGCUGAGAGCCAGGUUUUUUUUUUUUGUGUGCUGUCUUUCUGAUUAAUUCCCCCGGUCAAUAUAAGAUUGGCCUCCGCUUGUUGCGUGAGAGAGACACAUACAGAGCUGUGCUGAGACAUUCCCAUUCUCUGCACUGCUGAGGGAGAGGAGAGACACUAACUUCACAACACACCAGAGAGCCUCUGCCACAAUGAUCGUCACCACUCAGCAGAACGUUGGACCAGAGCUGGAUAUGAGUGGUUCAGAUGCCCCACCUCGUAACUGGCGUGGGAUUGGCCUAUCAAUGCUGGUGAUUGUUCUAGUGUUGUCACUAGUCCUAUUAUCUAUCUUUCUCCUAUCUCCAGAGAGUCCAAAGCGGCCCGAAAAGUCCUAUCUGACCCUGUCUGACCUCGAGAGCAUGGAUUAUCAGAUUCAAAUACCCCAACUCUACUGGGCAAGUGAUUAUGAAAUAAUUGUGGAAUCCAGGGACGGGAAUGUGAUUAAGCAGAAUUUACAGACAAAGAAGAACAAUAUCCUUCUGAGUAACAUAACCCUGAUGUCUCUGAAGGCGUCUAGUGCAAAACUAUCUCCAGAUCUACAAAAUGUACUCUUGAUUCUGAACAAGCAGCAGGUUUUAGGCGUAUCUUUCACAGCUACAUACUCCGUGUACAAUAUCAGGACCAGGGAGCUCUGGGACCUGAAGCCUCCUCUGAUAAAUGAGAGUACAUUACAGUAUGCUUCAUGGGGUCCUCGUGGGAGCCAACUGGUGUUCAUCUUCAAUAAUGACAUUUACUAUCAGCAGUCUGCUUCUGGCCCAACACUUCGUCUGACCUCAUCGGGCAUUCCAGGAACACAGUUGAAUGGCAUCACUGAUUGGACGUAUCAAGAGGAAGUGCUGCAGAGUUAUGCAGCCCAUUGGUGGUCCCCAGAUGGAACUAGACUUGCAUACCUCUCCAUCAACAAUACACUGGUACCCAGCAUGGAGCUGACUCAAUUUGUGGGUGCGGAUUACCCAGCCAACAAAAAAUAUGCAUACCCUAAGGCUGGACAGCCUAUUCCACAGGUCAAGGUAUUUGCCGUUAACUUGAAUGGACCGUCGCACACUAUUGAACUCCUUCCUCCUGAUUCAUUUCAGCACAGGGAAUAUUACAUUACUCUGGUAAGGUGGGUAACCAACAUUCGCCUCGCUGUAGUGUGGUUAAAUAGAUCCCAAAGGAGUUCUCUUCUCACCUUCUGUGAUGUCACCUCUGGUGCCUGUGUGGAGAGGUACAGAACGUCAUCUGACACAUGGAUCAGCACACAGGGCGAACUUGUCUUCUCUUCAGAUUCUAUUUUCUUCUCAGUGCCAGCAAAACAGGGAGCAGGCGGUGAAUUUCUCCAUGUUGCUGUGUUGUCUACACAGUUAGGUGGAAAAGAAGAUUCCCUACGUAUGCUGACCUCUGGUGAAUGGGAUGUGGCAGCAAUUGUGUCUUAUAAUCCAGAGAGCAGAGCCGUUUAUUAUCUGAGCACAGAGGAUAUGGCCAGGAGAAGGCAUCUGUACAGUGUGGAGACAUCUGGAACUUUUAACAGGACGUGCGUGACUUGUGACCUAAUUACAGACUGCAAUUUUGUGGAUGUGACAUUCAGUACAGGGGGCACCUACUUCAUCCUGUACUGCAAAGGCCCAGGCAUUCCACAAGUGUCUUUACAUCGCACUCAAAAUCCUAUCGAUUUUAUAGUACUGGAGGACAACGAGAUCCUGAAAGACGCCCUAAGCACAAAACAUUUUCCAGAGAUAGAGUUUAAAUCUAUACAUCUUGAUAAAUAUGAUCUCUCUCUUCGUCUCACUCUUCCACCUGGGUUCCAGGACUCACAGUAUCCUUUGGUUCUGUGGCUGCCAGAUGUCCCAGGCUCUCAGCAGGUCACAGAAGAAUUCUCUCUGGGAUGGGAGUCUGUCCUUGUCAGCUCCUUUCAGAUCAUUCUAGCCCAUUUUGAUGCUAGAGGAUCUAAGAACCAAGGACUGCAACUGCUGCAUGAAACUGAUCACAGACUGGGCUCUGUUGAGAUGAAAGACUACCUGGCUGUAGUGCAGCACCUGAAAAGGUUACCUUAUGUGGACAAAAAACAAAUAGGAGUAUAUGGAAAGGCAUAUGGUGGGUUUCUGGCCCUGAAGCUGCUGGCUUUGUCUGAAGAGCUGUUUGCAUGUGGUGUAUCUGUUGCUCCUAUCACAAACUUUCAGCUACAUUCGGCAGUGAUUUCUGAGCGGUAUCUGGGAAUGCCAUCUCAAGAGACUUCAGCUUACACAGUUGCAUCUGUUCUGAAUGAUGUGCAGAAGCUGAAGGAUCAGCAGUUUCUAUUGGCCCAUGGAAUUGCAGAUGGUGAGACUCACACCCAUGGAACUAGCAGAUCUAUCCUGACGAAGAUCAUUUCUUCUUGUCAAAAGGAAGCCAGUACCACCUGCAACAGACAAUUAUUUCCUAUCUACAGAGCUGUCUGCAAAUGGGUGGAAGAAGGUACAGGUCCCAAUGAAGUGGGAUUAGCCUUAUCUUCUAAAAUAGCACAGGAUACAAAAACAUUGCAAUGGGUUUAUGUAGCCAGCACUGCCUACUACAUAUUCAUUAUCACCUCUCAAGAUGUAUGUGGCAGCUCUUUGAAGAUGUAAAAGGAUUUCAUUAAAAUAAAACUGUAUAUAACAAGAAUGAUGAACAUGGACCAAUACAAUUUCUGCAACAGAACUUUGCCUUCAUAAAUGGAUACCCUACAUGGUACUGUUAUUCAAUGGUGCUCAACACGAUGGGCACAGAGCAGGUUUUUAUAAGAAUGAAAACUAGACAUCAAAAAAAUAUUGCUGCAAUUUUGGAAACCAAUGACUCAGUUUGAAAAGUACAGUUCAUCUUUCCGUAAAUAGACCUCAGUAUUAAAUAGUUAACAACACUGUGUCACAGACAAUGCUACCUAUCUGGCACCAAAACGGUUACUUGUACAAGUAAUAUGUGCUUUUAUUGAGCUCUGUAAUAUACUGAGAUCCACUAUAGGUCUCCCAAAGAUUUCUGUAACACUAAUGUCACUGAUACUGACCCUUCUUAGUUGCCUCCUAUACAUAUCAUAUGCCCUCAGAUGCCAGGAUUAUGGAAUACAGACACAUCUGUAAUAUAUAUGUAAAAAAAAAAAAAAAAAAAAAAGCUUUGUGAUUUGAGCAUUAAUAACAACAACAACAACAAAAACAACCAACAUUAUUAUAGUGAGAAAAAAAGUUACAGUAGUGAAUGGGUGGAGUCCAUGAUGCCAUAGACAAGUGAAUACAAAAUUCUGUCCUCAAUAGAUUGCAGUGCUGGGAAAUAUAGAGUAAUUAUUCUAUAUGCCCUAAGUGCCCUAUGCCGCCGCUGGUCUUUAUUGUGUUAGGACUAAGAACAGCUGAAGAAUUGCUA